AUGCCACGCGCUAUGGAGUUCUAUUCUACCACGUCUGUUGCCUGUUAUACUUGCCGCAGGCGUAAGAUGAGAUGUAGCCGCGAUCGACCUUCGUGUUCAUCAUGUUUAUCGCUGGGGAGUGCCUGUUCUUAUCCUCACUCUACAAGAAAACCUGGUCCCAAGCCUGGUAGUAUCAGAGCGGCAUCGCGUAAUCAUCGGGGGUCGAGGACGAUGGGCACGUCAACUAGAACUAACAGUUCCAUGCGCGACUCUAACGGCGGUGUAAUGGGCGUUGUCGGUCGUACAGCCCCUGAACAAACCCCCAAUGCAACUCGCUCAGACUCUCUAGAGGAUACGUCCGGGGAGGACCUUGGGCGAUUGACGCCAACUUCUAGCCAGUGGUCACGCGGCACCGCGACGGUUUCGUUGAGUCACCUAGAAUCGAUAUCGCUCUCUGAUAUGAUGCAUCCCUCUCAUGAUAUACCUUCCUCUCAGCAAUCACCGGAUGAAGUAUACACCGAAGCUUCUAGAUCAUCGGCAGAAUCACAAAGGGCUGUCUGGGAGCUCCUCGAGGUUUCGCAGCAAGUAUAUGACGAACUCCUUCAAGCGUAUUUUCAUAACAUGUCGGCGUUUUCACUGUUUUACAAGCCAGGGUUUCUCGCCAAGCUGAGUGCUGUAUCAUCUGAUUCAGAGUCGGCCGCUCUAGUGGCAUCAAUGUUCAUCUUCUCUUCCCGCUUCCUUCAUGAUUCAAACAAGCGGGGGUGCUCAGAGUUUCAACAUCAAGACUAUGGCCCACUUCCGACCCCAGAGACCUUUCACACGCUGGCACGCAAGUUUAUCGCAGCUGCGCUUGAUGAGUCUUCUGAGGAUGCCCCAUCUCUGUGUGCCUUGCAGGCGUUGAUUCUCAGUACAUUUCACCAACUGUGGCAGGAUGUUCGAGGCUUGGCUUGGAGAUCACUUGGACUGUGUAUACGAGUUGCCUACGAGUUGAAUCUCCACAAAAUAGACGCUGAAAGAAUUGCUAACCAGAACGACAACUCUGCAUACGACAAAGAACAAUGGAUUCUGGACGAAGAACGUCGAAGAGCUUGGUGGGCAAUAUGGGAACUUGAUGCCUUUGCCUGCACAAUCCGACGGUUGCCGACUGGGCUUGAUUUGACGCAAACAAAGACUUUCUUGCCAGUCAGUGAUGAAGACUGGUUCGGAGGGACCUGCCAGCCCAGCUGCUGCCUGGAUGCUGACCCAAAGGCUCGAUGGAAGAUGCUUGAAAACUGCGCAAACCAGAGUUGGAAGUCAUGGUAUAUUGUGGUCAACUCGAUGAUGCGAGACGCUCAUCUUCUCUCGUAUUGUCGCGGAAGAUACGGCACAUCUGGAAUAAUACGAGAGGAAUUGAAGACGCUUGAAGAGUCUCUCUCUUCAUUUAGGAAAGCUCUACCAAAUCAACUAUCCUACUGCAACGAAUACCUUGGCUUUCAUUCCAAGAUCUCACCGGAGACACAGCCAACUCUAACUAAUGAUUGCGCCACAUAUAGCUUGUAUAUGAUGACGCAACUAACAAAAUUCAUGAUUUACCACUACCAAAUGUUCUGGGAAGGCCGAACAGCGGGGUCAACAUCUACUGUGGGCCUUACCGAAGAUUCGACAGACCAGCAGCACCCACCACCGACGUAUAAUGUCAAUAUUGAAGCUUGGAGCCGAUAUCUCGAAAGCGCCGACAACAUCCUUCGCAUGAUACGGAAUAGCAGCCCUUACCACGUCCGUUACGUGAACCCACUAUUUGCCAGCACCAUAUGGCUUGCAGCAGUUGCGCAAAUAGUAAGCAAGGUCUUUAACCCCGAGCCUUCAAAUGCGCAAACUUCACAGUCCAAGCUUGAGGUUUUGCAGCAUAAUUUCGACAGCUAUGUCUCAUUCUGGGGUACUUCCAAGGCUCUACAGCAUAAGCUCAACACUUUGGAAAGUCGUCUUCAGUGUAUUCGCCGGCGACAAAGCAACAGUUACUCUCAUAGUACGGACAGCAGGAACCCUUUGGCGAGAAACCAAUCCCAUGGCCCGACGAGUAGACAGUCUCUCGGAGUGAACUCUGGCUAUCAAGAUCUUCUCUUAGACAGUACAGCUACAGGUUCUACAAGAGCGGAUGUUCCACUUGAUCCGACGAGUAAUUUCUAUUCGUGCGGUCCCUUCGGAUUGCCUGCGGAUAUUGUGAACAGUGCGUGGCCGAUGGAUCUGACCAGCAUGAAGUACAACCCUUCUGAUGUGUUCAACUAUGACGCUCUGGAUUUUCUAAAUUACUCAUUUAAUGGCUAG